CAAAGCUAGGUCCAAGCAAAUGACCUAUUUAAGAAUUUAUGUAAACCACUGUGUAAAUGAUUGAUAGGAUUCAUAGUUUGAGUUAGUGAAAGGUCUUGGUGUAGCAGCCAAAUGAGCAUAGUGUGUAGAGCAGAGGUACGACAGUCAUCAUGUUGGGCUCCUUAAUUCUUGUAGGGAUUUGCGUAUACCUCUUCUUCCUCUUAAUCAGGAUCCAGAGGCCCAAGAACUUCCCACCUGGGCCACGACCCAUGCCCAUAUUUGGGAACCUUCUUCAUCUAAACAUCAGAAAUCCUCUGAAAGACUUUGAAAUGUUGGCUGAACGUUAUGGGAACGUUUAUAGCCUCUAUCUCGGGAGAAACCCAGUUGUUGUUCUUAAUGGUUUGAAGGCUAUAAAAGAAGCUCUGGUGACCAAAUCUGCAGACUUUUCAGGACGCCCACAAAACCUGCUUUUCAGCCAUAUAACUGAAGGAAAAGGAGUCAUAAUGACUGAUUAUGGUCCUGCAUGGAAGGAGCAUCGGCGCUUUGCACUCAUGACCUUGAGGAACUUUGGCUUGGGGAAACAGUCUAUGGAGAACAGGAUUCUGGGAGAAAUCGAACACCUUGUUGCAAAAUUGGAAAAGCAUUCUGGAAGCACCUUGAAUCCUCAGACUUUAUUCCACGAUGCAGCAUCAAAUAUCAUCUACCUGGUGUUGUUUGGUACUCGCUAUGAAUAUGACGACAAAACCCUGAAACAAUAUGUUGCGCUGUUUACUGAAAAUACUAAGAUUGUUAAUGGACCUUGGUCUAUGAUCUAUGAUACUCUUCCACUGGUGAGAUCCCUGCCUCUUCCCUUUAAGAAGGCUUUUAAAAACACCUACACACUUAAAAAAUCAACAAUGACCAUGAUCAACAAGCACAGGACAACAAGAGUCCCAGGAAAGCCAAGAGACUUUGUCGACUGCUAUCUGGAUGAGCUGGAUACGAAAGACAGUGGAUCCUCCUUUGAUGAAGGACAACUAACAAUGUAUAUUCUAAUCUUGCAUGUAGCUGGGACUGAUACCACCUCCAACACCCUCCUUACGGCUUUCCUCUACCUCAUGGCUUAUCCAGACAUUCAGGAGAGAUGCCAGCAGGAGAUUGAUGAGGUUCUACAGGGAAAAGCUCAUGCAUCUUUUGAGGACAGACACAACAUGCCUUACACACAGGCUGUGAUUCAUGAGUCUCAGCGCAUCGCCAACACUGUCCCUCUGAGUGUGUUCCACUGUACCUCAAGAGAUACUGAACUGAUGGGCUACAGCAUCCCACAGGGAACUAUAAUCAUCCCCAACCUCUCCUCAGUGCUGAGUGAGGAAGGCCAGUGGAAGUUUCCUCAUGAGUUCAACCCAUCAAACUUCCUCAAUGAGCAAGGACAGUUUGAGAAGCCUGAGGCAUUUAUGCCCUUUUCUGCCGGGCCUCGAGUAUGCCUGGGUGAAGGUCUGGCUCGCAUGGAGCUGUUCCUCAUCUUGGUCACCCUGCUGCGCCGCUUUCGGUUCAUUUGGCCUGAAGAUGCAGGAGAACCAGAUUUCACUCCUGUAUUUGGAGUCACACUUACACCCAAACCAUACAGGAUGGGAAUCAGGCUGAGACAGCCAGCUAGAGAAAUGUAGAACUAGUCAGGAAAUAUACUGUAUACUGACAAAUUCUUUAUGGCAAAUGAAACAGUAUUAUAUCACAAUAAAUGAACGAAUGACCAACAAUAGGAUAACUGUCAUGAUUCCCCCUUGAAGCAGCAUGCUGUAAGCGCGAAUGCGCGAGCACCUGCUUUUCCGUUGUUGUCCGUAAUGACAUUGGGACACGUGUGUUUUGUUUAUGUUUCUGUCAUGUCUCCUCCCUGUUCCGUCAUUGGCUGGGAUUUCACGUGGGUCUGUAUUGCUCUCAGCUGCUAGCGGUUUAGACGCUGAUCAUGUCCGCAUAUAUACCGCGCGCCUCCCAGCACACAACGCGGAAGAUUAAUGUUUAGAGUUAGUUUAGUUCGUAGUCGUAGUCGUAGUCGUAGUCGUAGUCGUGGUCCAUGUUAGUUUAGUUCGUAGUCGUAGUCAUAGUCACGGUCCAUGUUUAGAGUUAGUUCGCGCUGGAUUAUCCGCUUCCAGUCCCUCGUCAUAGUUCGUUUCUCGUUUUGUUUAUCAACCCUGUUUUCCUUGACCACGACCUUGAAUCCUGCCUUGCCCCGUGUAUACCUGUUUGCCAAUCGCCUGACCUCUUGCAUGUUUAUGGAUUACGUUUUGGAUCACGUUUUGGAUUUGUCUGCCUGUCUCUCUUUCAAAUAAACAACUGUUCGUCCUGCACUUGCAUCUGUCCUAUCUCCGCUCUGUCACAAUACGUGACAAUAACAAGAAGACAAAACGAAUGUUAAGGAUGUUAAUAUUGAGAAGGUUAAUUUGAAUAUUGGUAGGAUCUAAUUAAAGCUUGUUUUUCUCAUCUG